AUGUCCCCAUCGAAUCCGUCCUCCUCCUCCUCCUCCUCCCACCACCACUCCCACAAACAAAACGACUCGAUCAACUCGCUCUCGUCGCUGUCGCCACGCACCCGGCUGGACAGCCGAGACCACCGAUACAAUAGCAGAGCCCCUGUCAAUAGUAACAACCCUCCCCCCCAAGUCACACACAACAAGCGUCGCUCUUCCACCUACACCACCUUCCCUCCCGCCGCGUCGAUCAAGCCGAACCCUCCACGAAGCUCUUCGCUUUUUCCUGGACCGGCAGCCACAGGAUCAGGAUCAGGAUCAGGAUCACCAACUCGAGCAACAGCGCAUGCGCCUCCCGUCUUCCGCGACGUCGUGUUCAAUGACCCUCAGCCCACGGGCACCCCUGCCAGCAGAAACGAACCCCAAACAGUCCACAAGAGGGGCCAUUCUCGGUCGAGUAGCGCUGGACUGAGCGACGGGUUUCGCAACCUCAAUCGGUGGUCAGCGUCCACAGCAUCCAGUCGUGCAUCGAACUUUGCCGGCUUCACCAAGCGGGUAAGCACCGAAUUUCUCGGCGGUGCCUUUGGAAAGAGCAGGCCGUCGACAGCGGACGAGUCUCCACGCUCGGGAGCCACCCGCACUGCAAGCCGGCCCCGCAGCGACUCCCCCGUACCAGCGCCGAUCCCGCCCUUGGAGACAUUGCCGCCCAUUCUGACCGGGCCGUCGCUGGAGGACGAGGUCUUUGAGUCUGAUGUGCUGACACAGUCUUCUGUUGCGCCAAUUGAACCGCCGCGACGACGCAUUGCGAGACCGGCCGAAGAAAUUGACCCUGACUGGGAUGGUACACCGCAGCUUUCCGAGCAAGAGUCAGGAUCGUCGCUGCAGCGGCUAGGGCCCGCGAUCACGCUGCGCCCAGCUGAUCCCAUCACGCCGACCGAUACUACCGUUAUGACCAUGCCCUACACACAAAAUGGGCAGCCCAGGGGCCACUCGCGAAACCGCUCGACCGGGGCCAAGGGGAGCGUAGACACGAAUGGGUCCUCGAGGAGUCGGGAGAAGGAGAGAGAAAGAGAGAAAGAAAGGGAGCGAGAGAGAGCGGGGAAGCCACCGUCCCAAAAGGCCAUGCUGUCGAGAGCGUUGCAAAAGGCGAACACGGCUGUGCAGCUUGACAACGUCCAGAAUUUCGAAGCUGCAAGACGGGCAUACGCCGAGGCGUGUACCGUGCUCCAACAGGUGCUGAUGCGAACGAAUGGCGAGGAGGAUAGGAGGAAGCUGGAUGCCAUCGUGAGUUCUGAAAUCCCCAGUCGUGGCCCCCCCAUAUACCACGCGCAGGUCAACGGCAGAGAGAGGGAGUACGAGAGAGAGCCGACGUCUGCAGUAUCGAGACACGCGCCCAGACCAAGCUUCACUCCGCGGGCGCCACCGCCCAACUUAUCCGUGGACACGUCGAGAGCCGGCCCCCAGAACGGCACGACAAGCUACCUUACCGAGCAGUAUUCUCUGCAGUCUGCUUUUUCGAGAGCCAGGACGGGCAGCGGGACACCGGUCCAGGGGCAAUCACAAAAUGGAUUCAUGCCACGUCCGCUGUCGCCUUUGAGGCGACCGUCAUCUCCAGCAAACCCCCCGCCUCCACCACCGGACAAUGGGCACUCCGACCGCACACAACAACAGCCCGACUAUCUCAUGUCGGGCGCUCGUCUUGGCGCAUAUGAUGCUCAGGUGGGCCACCAGAGAGUAAACAGCCACGAGUCAGUAUCGUGGCUUGAUCCGAUCGACGAGUCCGAGGCUUCUAGUGUGUCCUCUGUCCAUUCGAGAUCAUCGUCCAAGAUUGUUCGAAAACACAUCCGAGCUGCGAGCGGAGACACGGAGGCCGAGUUUGAUGCCGCGCUGGACGACGCCAUCGAGGCCGCGUACGAUGAUGGCUACGAACCGGAACAAACAUAUCAAGGUCAAAACCAAGGGUGCGGGGAGGAUGGUGGCAGGGCUGAUGAGGAACGACGCCAAGCUGAGCUUGCGCAAGACAGAAUAAGGGACGAGGAACGAGACGCCUUGGCGCUGGCCACGGAGCGAGAGCAGAGGUUGCGACUGGAGAUGCAACGGGAAGAUGAGGAAUAUCGACGGCAGGAAGCGAUAGCGGAGGAGUUUUGGGAGGAUCACGAGGCCGAAGAAGAAGAACGCAUGCUGGAUGAGAUGACCAGAGGGUACGCCUUGGACCAGUUUUCGUUUGACAAUAACCGGACAGGGCCGCCGAUACCACGAGAGUCGGAUUCGAGCGGGCUGACGAGCCGGACGUGGCACAGCUCCAUGGGAUCAAACCCACCGCACACGGCCACCACCGUCAUGACGCCCAUCAGUGACAAGAACGCGGCGCUGCCUCGUCUGCCCGACCCGCCGCCGCCCCCUUCUCACGCAUUGCCGCCUCCGCCCCCGCAAACUGCCGGUUCUCAAGGCUCCAACCAGACGGUGCGAAACAGACGACUUUCGGGGCAAAAUGCAGCGCAGCUCAAGAUCGAGACGUCGAAGCUUGCACCUCCGACCGGUCUUGCCACGGCUUCCUCUGCUGUCCCAUCACAACCGAAGUCGGCCGGGAAUUACAUUGUUCAGCAACGGCAGGCUCUGUCAGCGGGACCCAGCCGUUUGAUGGGUGCUUUUUCGUCAAGAGCCACACCGUCUCCCGGUCCCGCGGGGCCGGAAGAUGAUGAUGCCCCGCCGUUGCCCCUGGGUUUCUUCCACGAGCACGAAGCCUCUCGUUCUGCCUCGCCAGCCUUGACGCGCCCGACGCUACGAAGCAACUUCUCGUCGGCGAGCUUGAAGAGCAUGAAGUCGCGCAAUUUGUCCAUUUCGCACAUGGACGAUGGAGACAUGUCGCCCGGGACACCCUCGAGCAACCAGUUCGGCAUGGGGGGCUCCAGCACACGCCUACCUUCGAUCCCAGCGCUCCCCGAGGCGUACAAGGACCGAGCCAACAGCACUGCUGCUGGGGGGAUGCAUCUGUUGGACAGCAACCUUCACAGCUUUGACGCGCCUGGGUCGCCGAACCCUUUGUUGCCCGAUGCUCCUGUCGCGCUGGAGCCGUGUCCGAAUGAUACCCUGCUGAGACCGUUUUGGCUGAUGAGGUGUUUGUAUCAGACGCUGUGCCAUCCGCGGGGAGGGUACGUGAGCAAUAAGCUUUUCGUGCCGAGGGGUGUCUGGCAGAUGAAGGGGGUCAAGCUGAAGAACGUGGAGGACAAGAUUGCCAAUUGUGAUCUCUUGACGGCGGCGCUUCAGAAGCUGGCGAGGGUGGACACGUGCGAUGCUGACUUGGUGCUGGAGGAGAUGCAAUCGCUGGAGAAUGUGUUGGAGCAAGUCCAGGCUGCGCUGUCGAGGAAGCUGGGGAGUGAGGUUGGUGUUCAGGGGAGCGGGACCAUGUUCAAGGACGCGAGCGGGAUGGAGGCGGAGGCGGCGUCGAUGCCUAGGUCGGGGAGCGUGGCCGGCAAGGGGAGCAGUUUUUCUUGGAGGAGGCUGAGGAGCAAGAACAGUUCGGCGAAUCUGCCUGGGUUGGCGAGUUCGUAUGGCGGGAAGGGGGGGAGUGGUGGUGGUGGAGGAGGGGCGAAUGCUUCUACUGUUAGCCACGAGUCGACGGUAAAGGAUGCGUUGUUGGCGAGCUUGCCCAUGACGAGUCAUCCCACGAGCAGGCCGGCGAAGAGGGAUGUUGGGAAUGUGUUGUUUACGGGGCCGAAUGCGGGUUACAUGAGCUCGUUGGCGAGAUUGUUCGAUGCUGCGCAGUCGAUCGGUGAGUUUUCUUUUGGUCUCAGGGCAUGGAAGAUGGCUAAUGAUGAUGUUUAUACAGAUCAGAUUGCGCGACAGGUCGACGACCCCGGACUGCGUCACGCCGACAAGACGCAGGUUGGGCUUGAGCUCUGCACCCGGCACGCGGCCGAGUUUUUUGCGUUUUAUAUCUGCCGCUUUGUGCUGACCGACUUGACGAUGCUGUUGGACAAGUUUGUGAAGAGGGGGGCUGAGUGGGUGCUUGUGUAG